AUGAACGUAGUGCCAGAUAUGGAUGACUUGUUGAAUGAGCUUGAAGCUGCUGAAACGUCUGAGAAGCUGAAGUAUGGUGCGAGUGAUCCAGUAACGAGCCCAAAAGUGGUUCUUUUGGAUUCUGCGAAUGAUUUUAAUGAAAAGCGAAAUACUACACAUGUCCUGCAUGACGAUCAUAUCGAAGAGGCUGACAAUAUAGCUACUGUUGAUAUCGAUGCAACAAGCGUUCUAUAUGAUAUUAUCACUUGUUUAUCAGCCAAUGAAAAUGGCAGUUUACGCUGUAGUGUAGAGGCAAAACCGGACGAUAUUGCAGAACAAGUUACUGAAAUUUUAAAAGAUUCAACAAGUGAAAAUUUAAUUUCGGAGAGCAUUGGUGAUUGUAAAAAAGAUAGUACGAGGGAUAGUUUAUCGGAUCAUCCGAGCUCAUGUUCUAAUGUUGUUUUGAAUGAAUGCAAGGAAACUAAUUUUGGGAAACUCUUCAAUAAGGUUACCGAAGUGGACAGAAUAGAUGAGCAGUACGCUGAAAUGGAACAGUAUUUAGACAGCUGUGACACGAAUGAUACUUCUCUGGAUAUUUCGGAACAGCCGUACCUGAUACCUGAUACGGAAGUUGUGUUUUCUUCAACGAAAGAGAUUAAAGGAGAAAUAAUUACUCUCGAAGAAGCAGCCCCAUCUACCAGCGGUGACGAGCAAUUAGUCGAUUGUACAGAAGAUUCAGACUUAGGUGAUGCACAAAAAAAUGCUAGUUUAUCCGUUAGUGCAGUCAAGAAAUCAGACGAAAAUAGAGAAGAAUUUCAAGGAAAUGAUAAUGAGGAAAAACAGCAAUCGGAAUUGGUAGAAGAUGAUAGUGAUAAUUCGAUAAGCGAAUGUGAGAUAUCAGUGCCGGUCGUUGAUGAGGCUCAAGCUGUCUCUGUAGUCUCGAGUACGCAUGACAUAUCGCAUGAUCUCGGAAUAAAAUAUUUGACUGAAAGCGAGCGUCAACUUGGAAAGGCAUAGAAUCGCGUUUUUCAGAAGAAACCAACAUGGAUAGCCGAUAAGGAAAUGUUGUCGUGCAUGUUAUGCUGCAAUAAAUUUACAGUUUUCAUUAGACGACAUCACUGUAGAUGUUGUGGUCGUGUGUUAUGUGCUCGUUGUACCACUCGGAAGGCAUCGUUGUCGUAUGUCAAUAAUCCAAAAAAGGAACACCGGGUUUGUGAUCCAUGUUUCGAAACAUUAAAACGCAUCGAGGAGUCUGAAAAGGACAUAAAAACACGUGAGUCAACAGAUACGAAUGAAAAUGGUCAUUCAUCAGAUAUAAGUCCGGCUACAAAACCAGUGUUGAAAUCAAGAGGGAAACCAGAAAAUGCUAUCAGUACUACCGAUGAUCAAGGCUCAUCAUCUAAUGACGCAGCACAUAGUGGUUCUUCAGUAAAGCGAAGCGUUACAUUUCGCGAUGGUCUUCAUCCUGGUUACGGUUCCAAUGACACUCAAACAUCAAUUACUGAUAUGGGUUCUUCGAAGCCAAAGAAGCAUGACUCGAAAAGACAUCAUGUAUCACGGCGCCUGCAACAGCUUCAUGUCACUGAGGAAUGUGUAUGCCUUCUGCCUGGUGGUUGCUUGGCUUCUUCCGAUGCAGAGAAAACAUCAGCUGUCGAUAAUCGACAUAGUAAAAUCGAAAAGAGUUGUUUAUAUCUGCGAAGUAAUGAUGGUACCAUAAAGGGAUGUGAUAAUAUUCAGGAACAAAUUACUUCGUUGAAAAAUUUUGAAGCUCUUGAAAUGAUGAUUUUCCGAAAUUUGUGGUGUAGCAUCAAGUUAUGUAAAUAUGAAAACAAGACUGUGAUGUGUAUUAUAUCGAGAGGAAUGUCAUUUGUUGGGUUGGAUGAAAUCUUUCUUGCUUAUUACUGUGAUACGGAGCUCAUCGAAUUACCAGUCGAUUAUCUGUGGAGGAUUUACGAAAUUUAUCAGGAUGCACUCACUCCCCGUAAUGAGUCAUCAGAUGAAGAAUUGGGAAUACGAUUGGCGCACAACCGUGUUCCAACACUGAAUCGGACAGUUCGGUUUUCAAAUGUCGAGAAGCCGGUAGCACGAGACAUACUUCUGUUUAGACCAUCUGUUCAGUCAUUUAAAAAUCUCUUGGUACCUUCCUCGUCAUUUUUGGUUGCAACAUUCAUUUAUCAGUCCGAAUCGAUUUGGGCAAAUGUGAUACCACAACGACUUCUCUUUAGAAUUGGUCUUCAAGCUUCAUUUUAUCCUACAUCAAUCAUAAAUGAUUUCAAUCGAGAACCGGUGUAUAAUUCAAUAUUUGAUGCAACCGUCUUGAAAAUGUUCAAUGAUUUUCGGAAUUGGCGUUUCCAAAUGCCUCUUAUACCUGGUAGCACGUUAACGGUACAUGAUAACAGCGAAUCUACCCUAAUUAUCCCAACUUGGGCGUUGGAAGAGAUCAUUAAAUUAAUCAAAGCAAAUAAAAAUAUGGUUGCGUGGGGUCUCGAUUUUAGUCCUGAUGCUGAUAGCUAUCUUGUCUGCAAGCAGGAUAAUGCUGGUUGUUUCAGCUCACAAAUUCUCACAAAUGGCAUCGAAAAUCGAAAAGUAACUGGCGCUUCUUUUAUUGUUAUUGAUGGAGCUUUGAAAGAUAGCGAAGAGCCAUUUUCCAUGAAUGUUUUGGAAGACGGCAUGACAAUUCGUUUUCGAUCAGAUGUAAUGGAAUCACUUAUUGAAGCACUUUCGAUUGGACAGGAUUUCGAACACAAUUCAUCGGCAAUGAAAUUUUCAGUUAAAUGGGAUGAUGAUCCAUAUACACAGCAGCUUAUUGGUGGAUUGGUAUCACCAAUUGAUAAUCGUUCAUUAAUCGGUUGUUGCCAAUACGGCUUGAAAAAAUCAAGAAUUUUGGGGUCGUCAUAUCUAAUACCGGAUCAAGCGUAUUGGUCCCUUAGACUGGUCAGUGUGUACAAUGUUGGGAAAGGCCGAUUCGUCCAGCGUGUUCAGUCAAAAGUUUUCAGUGUCAGUGAACAAGUCACUGCGCAAAUUGCAACAACACUAGUACCUUUCACCGCUGCUCUCAUAGAACAUGAUUUGAGGCAUAUUUUCUUUCGUAUUCGCGUUACUGCAGAAGAUGCUGAAUAUAAGACACAGCCUUGGCCUGGUAUGGAAAAGGAGUUUGCUGCAUGGUUGGAUUUUCUGGACUACCAGAUAGUACCAGGCCUAUUUACUGUUUGCUCAUACGUAACAGUCGGAUUUCAUGCUGAACUUCAUAUGGCUUUGAUUUCAAUCCGACCAAACCCGUGA